AUGGGUUAUUCAAAUAAUAAAUUUAAUAUUUUUACAUUAUGGAAUAAUAUUAUUUUGUAUUUCAUUCUUAUAGUUACAUUUACCUUUUAUAACAAGGAUUUGUUUAAUAAGUAUAAUGGUGAAAAAUCAAACAUAGGGGCUUCAUUUAAUUUUGGAAAUAAUAGAUCAUUAGCAGAAUAUUAUAACAACAAAGAUGGGUACAAUGUAUUAAGAGUAAAUUUGGAUCACAAAAAUCUUAAAGAUGUCUUAGGGAAUAUGCAUCCUGAAAUAAAAAUGGUAGAAGUUGAUUCAGAAAGUGUAUGCCCAGGUACAAAUGAAGUUAAUUUAAAGGUUGUUACGAAUAUACCACCAGAUAUGAUUAAAGUAAAUGCAACAAGUGAAAAUAUGUCAGUAGGACAAUGGGAUUAUAUUAUGCAAUAUUAUGGUCAAUCAACACCUAAGGAAGUAUCUAAAUUAGAUUCGGAAGUAAAAGACAAAAUAGAAAAGAAAAUUAAAAAGAAGAAAAGAAAAACACCUUUAAUAAGAUAUAUUGCAGAACUUGUAGGUUAUGGUAUUAUUUUCAUUCCUGGUUUUCCUGUUCUUGUUGGUAUAGUAAGUGUUGGAUUCUGUAUAUUGAUCUUUAUGGGUAAAAAAUCUGCAAAAAAUUAUUUUAGUACAAUUAAGAAAUGGCUUUUUUAA